AUGAUCCCAAUUUCAUUUGUGGAGAAACAUGGAGAAGCCUUGCCAAGUACUAUAUUUCUUAAGCCUCCAAAUGGUACGGAAUGGAAAUUAAAUUUGGUAAAACGUGAUGAUAAAAUAUGGUUUCAGAAGGGAUGGAAAGAAUUUGCGGAGUAUCACUCUCUAGGCCACGGGCAUCUCUUGGUCUUCAGAUAUGAAAGAACUUCCCAUUUUCAGGUACAAAUCUUUGAUAUGAGUGCCUUAGAGAUAAACUACCCAUUCGAAAGUGUAAAUGGUAAAAUGGCCUCCAAUGAUCAAGAAAGCAACCCUCCAAAUAAUGAAAGCAUGGAACAUUACAAACUAAGUCAAAAGAGGAAAGAUAACUCCCCUUUGGAAUUUCUUCAACCAAGUAGAAAGAGAACCUGCAAAUGUGUUGAAGUUGAGAACAUCUUGAAAUUGCCAGAUACGGUUCUUCAUCAUACCGACACAAAGUGCGAAGAAAAAGAAGUGAUUAGUAAUAAGAAAAUUACAGUUCCUGAUAGAGCAAGUUCUUUUAAGCCUUGUAAUCCGUCGUUCUCGAUGGUUAUGUAUCCAUCGUACGUGUCUGGUGGUAAUAUGUGUUUACCAUCAAAGUUUUGUAAGAUGCACUUUGAUGUGCACCAGCAGUAUGGAGACACAGAUCUUCAGGUGUUGAAUGGGAGAGUUUGGCCUGUUAAGUACCAAAAAAGGAAAGCACAAACGAGAUUUCAUUUCUCCAGGGGAUGGAAGACAUUUGUCAAAGACAAUAACUUGCAAGUAGGUGAUGUUUGCACUUUUGAACUCCUUCCUAGGACUAAACUCACCUUCCAGGUUCACAUCUUUAGAGAGACAGACAAAUCAUUUCAAACUGUUCCACAUCUGAAGGUAGGAUUGAUGUUUUAA